AUGACGACAAUCAUAGAAGGUUGGCUACAGAUUCCGCCAGAGCGCAACCUGAUAGGCCGUGCUGCUUGGAAGAUUAGGUAUGUCAAGUUCGGAAGUCAUUCACCCACGACCCCGACGUCCGCGCGAUCGGCCAUUUCACCGACUCGACCGACUACGGCUACUGGAGUGGUUGGACCUGGUGGGACUGGAGCAGUGUCUGGCAACGGUCCUAAGCUGUCGCAAACCCCAUCGGACCGGAGUCCACAGUCGGUGGGUUCUAUGGUAAACGAGAUGGAUGUAGCACAGUUGCCGAUCUCUUUGACGGUUUACAAGCAAAAGAAUGAUACCGAACCAAUUACACGAUAUCCCAUCACAUCUAUCGCCUCCUGCUAUAUUGGGGAUGUUGCUUCGCGCCACAAGAAGAAGUCCGUAGUACUUCCUACCUUGGUUGUGAACCUGCGACCAGAAAUUCAACUAUCCUCUUCAAAGUCUUUCCGGAGGCGAAGUCAUGAUGUGCCUGGACAACGUGAAGGGGCCAAGAGGGAAGGUGCUGCAAAAGAGAUACUGCUCUUCCGCCCUGGGCCGGAUAACGUGGUUGCGAUUGAAAAAUGGGCAAAGGAAAUCCAGGCGCAUCUAAUUCCUAGCUCCUCGGACUCAAAUGCUAACCAGGCUACCGACCCAGCAUUUCGGGAAAGAUUCAGUGAUCUUGACCUGGAAGCGCCCACCACUUCUUCAAUGUUUUUUAUGAAUGGCGAGCCCAACACAGCACUGCUUAGUCCUUCCCUCCGGUCAAGGACCAGCAACCUUUCGAGCAUAGAGUCUGAUGACAAGGGGAGUUUGAUGAGCAGCUCCGCAUCGGAUAUGCCAUCCCCAAACGCGGACGAGGAAUUCCCACGUUCUUCGGCUGAUGGCCGGCCCCCUCUACACCUGGCAACCAAACUGCGGCAUUCAAUAGGUGCUGGGGAUAGUAAUGUUAUCAAGGAGGAGAUUAGCAUCCAAACCCCAAUCGCUCUUGCACCACGCCGUGAAACGAUUCUUGACCGAUUCUUCUCUACGGCCCCCCCAAGUCCAGCAUUGACAUCCGAGCAGGCACCAAUGAACUCAAUCGCGCGGUUUGAAGCGUUGAUAAGAGACAUAGAAUAUGAGCAAAGCUUUGAUACUUCAAGCACAUCAAUUUUAAUAAAUCACCCUAGACGGAUACCAAGCCCAACCCAGCGGGCGCUCGAGUUUGUUUCAAGUGGGCUUAUGAAACAUUCCCCCGAAAAUUUGGAGAGACGACCAAGCACGACCUAUGGGGAAGAGACGCACUCUUUACGAGAAUCGCAGAAGGAAGCCCAAAGAGAACUAUCAUCAAAAUUAAGUGUUGGGAGCAUUCAUCGAACUUUAAGUCGACAGGCGAGUGAGGCAAGCCUGGGCACGACAGCUAGUAUGGCUGGAAGUACAGGAGGAGGAGGGGUAAUUGUUGAGACAAAUCUCGGUGUUUCCAACAGCAAGCGACACAGCCUGGCGGACUUUUCGUUAAAAAGGCUUUCAACAGCAACCCCGCCAAUGUUUCCUCUUAGUGGCCCAAGACGGGGCUCACACUCUGAUAUUCCAAGAAUUUCGGAAAUUGGCGAUGAUGAAGAUGAUCAGCUCUCACCCUUGACUGCUACUCCAACACAAAGCUUUGGCCACUCAAGGGUUGUCAAUAGACCUUUGUUCAAAGAAUUUUCCUUUUAA